AUAAAGGCUACCGGACAGUAAUUACGAUUAUGUAAAAGAUGAAGCGGUAGAUGGAUUUUUAUUUAAAAAUCUCAUUGUGCUCUCAGUAUGAAGCUAUUUUCUAUUUCCCGUUGUUAUGUUAGUAAUAAUAGUUUAAAGCAAAAUAGCCUUUUGAUAAAUCGAUGUUUUUGUAAUAAAGUUAAAGAGAAUAACAAAAUAGAAACACAAUGGCAUUCUGUGGUUGGACUUGAAAUUCAUGCUCAAAUAUCAUCAAAUUCAAAGUUAUUUUCUGGAUCGAGUACUGAAUUUGGAAAUCCAGUUAAUUCUUGUGUAUCCUACUUCGAUUGUGCAACACCAGGAACAUUGCCAGCUUUAAAUAGAAAGUGCGUGGAAGCUAGUGUAAUUACAGCGCUCGCCUUAUCUUGUAAAGUUAAUGAAAUUUCGCUCUUUGAUAGAAAACAUUACUUCUACGCUGAUUUACCUGCUGGUUAUCAAAUUACUCAACAGCGCCAACCAAUUGCUGUAGAUGGAAAAAUAAAUUUUCACGUAUUUACUCCUGGAAUUCAUAAAGAACCUUAUUUCAAAUCAUGUAAGUUGAAGCAAAUACAGAUAGAGCAAGACAGUGGAAAAACAAUACACGAUGAUUAUUUAAGAAAAAAUCUAAUAGAUUUGAACAGGGCUGGAAACCCAUUAAUGGAAUUUGUGUUUGAACCAACGCUGAAUGAUGGCGAGGAAGCAGCAGCACUCGUUAAAGAACUUAUGCUUAUUUUACAAAGACUCGACACAUGCUCGUGUAAAAUGGCUGAGGGGGCAUUAAGAGUGGACGCUAAUAUAUCCAUUAAUAAAUGUAAUGAAGCGUUAGGGGUUCGGACAGAAGUGAAAAAUAUUGGAAGUGUACGAUCUGUUGCCGCAGCUAUUAAAUACGAAAUCCAAAGACAAAUUAGCAUACGUAAUAGUGGAGGUGUGGUGGUUAAUGAGACACGAGACUGGGAUGAAUGCUCUGGUAAAACAAUUUUUUUGAGGGGUAAAGAAAGUUAUCAGGAUUAUCGUUUCAUGCCAGAACCAAAUCUACCACCUUUGCACAUUCAUACCGAUGAGACUUCUGAAAAUAAGUAUAAUUUAAUCGAUGCUGUGGCAUUAAAAAAUCAAAUACCAGAGAUGCCUCAAGAAACACGUGAUAAACUGAAAAUUGAAUUUAAUAUAUCCAAGUCAUUGAUAAUUGUUUUGGUGAACUUUCCGGAGCUCUUGCAAUUAUUUUUCUACAUUAUUAAAAACAAUGGGAAAAGGUCACCAAAUAUUGUUGCCAAAAUCUUAGUAUACCAAACUCUAACAUUUAUUUAUAAAAAUAAGUUGGAUUUAGCUUAUUGCUUCACAAUAAAGGAUCAUCUUUGUGAAUUGAUCGAUCUUUUACAAUCAGAGAAAAUUACAUUAUUGACAAUUGACAAUGUAUUAAUGGAAAUUUUAAAGGACCAAACUAUGUUUCCUAGCCAGAUUAUCGAAAGGAAUAACUGGAUUCAAAUUAAUAACGAUGAUGAAUUGCGAAAAAUUUGUCAAGAUAUUCUUAAUAAAUAUCCACGUCAGGUGAAACAAUAUAAAGGUGGAAAAAAACAGAUAUUUAAGUAUUUUGUCCGUCAAAUCAAAGAGUCAACAAACGAAAGAGCAAAUAUGUCACAAGUUGUACAAAUAUUAAACGAACUGUUAAAAUAAUAAACAUAGAUAUUAUAAAUAAAAA